GCCCGCUUCCGCCCCGGCCCGGGGCGGCGGCGCGGGCGGGUUUGAAUCGCGGCGCGGCCGCUCCCCCCACCCCGCCCCGCCAUGAACUUCUCGGAGCUGUUCAAGCUCUCCGGCCUGCUCGGCAGGUUCUCCCCCGACGGCCGGUACCUGGCUUCGUGCGUGCAGUACCGUUUGGCGGUUCGGGAUGUGAAGACCCUCCAGAUCCUCCAGCUGUACACUUGCCUGGACCAGAUCCAGUACAUAGAAUGGUCGUCUGAUUCUCUGUUCAUAUUAUGCGCCAUGUACAAGCGCGGGAUUGUUCAGGUCUGGUCCUUGGAGCAGCCAGACUGGCACUGUAAGAUCGACGAGGGGUCAGCAGGAUUGGUGGCUUCAUGCUGGAGUCCGGAUGGUCGUCACAUUCUCAAUACAACUGAGUUCCAUCUGCGGAUAACUGUGUGGUCCUUGUGUACGAAAUCUGUGUCUUACAUCAAGUAUCCCAAAGCUUGUCAGCAGGGGAUAGCUUUCACUAAGGAUGGCCGCUAUAUGGCAGUAGCAGAAAGACGUGACUGCAAGGACUUCAUUAGCAUCUUUGUGUGCAGCGACUGGCAGCUACUGAGACAUUUUGACACUGAAACACAAGAUCUGUUUGGGAUUGAGUGGGCUCCCAAUGGCUGUGUUCUGGCGGUGUGGGAUACCUGUCUGGAGUAUAAAAUAUUGCUGUACUCCCUUGAUGGCAGACUGCUCUCCACCUACCGGGCUUAUGAAUGGUCGCUAGGCAUAAAAUCAAUCGCCUGGAGUCCCAGCAGUCAGUUUUUGGCAAUUGGCAGCUAUGAUGAAAAGGUGCGUAUCUUGAACCAUGUAACUUGGAAGAAGAUCACAGAGUUUGAGCACCCAGCAACCAUUGCUAACACCAAGACUAUUGUGUAUAAAGAAGUGGAGAAAUCCCCAUCUGUUGAAACAGAGAGACUUUCUUUCCCUCCAACAAGAGCAUUGGCUAGUUCUCUCUUCAGCACACAAAGUAAAUAUGACAUUUCCCAGGUGCCGGUUUCUUUACAGUAUAUCAAACCAGUUGCUGACAGGGCAAAUCCCAAAAUGGGAAUUGGGAUGUUGGCAUUCAGUCAGGAUAACUGUUUCCUGGCAACCAAAAAUGAUAACAUUCCUAACGCUGUCUGGAUCUGGGACAUUCAGAAGCUGAAACUGUUUGUAGUCUUGGAGCAGCUGUGUGCGAUCCAAUCUUUCCAGUGGGACCCACGACAACCUCGACUCGCGGUGUGUACGGGCAAUAGCAAAGUCUACUUGUGGUCCCCCGCGGGCUGUGUGUCGGUGCAGGUUCCAAUGGAAGGUGACUUCCAGAUCGUCUCUCUCUCCUGGCAUUCUAGCGGAGACUCCAUGGUGCUUCUGAGUAAGGACAACUUUUGUGUGUGUUACUUGGAACGAGAAGAGGUAAAAUAGCAAUCAUUUGCAUUAAAAAUGCUCACAAGCUUGAGGAAGAAUGAGGAAAGGGGUCCAACCCUGUUGCCCAGCCUGAAGUUUUUGUAUUUAUAAGUUAUUUAUUUGAAGGAGCGUACCCAAACUCCAACGUGUGAAGUACUGUGAUUGCGUUUGAAUGAAGUGACGUAGCAACUGAAGUGUAGAGAGUGAAGCCUGGAUUUCAAGAAAACUUUAGUAUUGAUGUAGUUGAACUUUCUCUUGAACUUUGUCAACUACGAAACUUUAUUUUCUAAAAUUGUAGCUGUGUGUAUAAAGUAUAUUUAAAUUUUGUAAUUUCCAAUAAAUAUUUUGAUAGUUACAAACUUGGUAUGACUCUAACUAUAAACCUGCACUUCUGCAUUCUAAAGCCUGUUUCUAUAUUUUCAGUGAUGUGACUGUAGCUAUUUAUCCCAGCACAAGGAGACGGUUACUUGCGCACAGGAGGGUGCAGCUUAUCUGUCUUGUAAGACAACGGAUUUUCCUGGUGUAUUACAACUAAAUAUUGUAGCAGAAGUGGGUACAUCAGUACGACGCCUUCUGGUAAAUCAAUUCCUUUUAAAGCAGAACAAGUUUUGUUUCCAAAGCAAAUUAAGUCAUCUGUAUAGUUUUGCUUUUCCUGACUAAGAUGUUAACAGGUGACGGUAACUGUGCCUCGUUUACCAUGGAUUUAUUACACUCAAUUGUUACAAGAGGGAUCAUAACUGGUACGUCAGAAUGAUUUAUUACAGGCAGUGAAAUGGGAGCUUUUGACCCAACUACCUAGUGCCAAGUGGGAGUGGACGGGAAGGAGCAGUUGGGCUCUCCUUUGUCCUUAAUGGGAGUAGCCAGCCACUGCCUUCUACAAAGGAAGGGAGCCCAUUGUUCAGGAAUUUACCGGGUGUUUUUAUUUUCGCUACUUAAUUUCACAGCCCCAGUCUCCACAAACUGAAGAACCAAGAACAAAUUGAGUUGAAAUUUAACUUUACUGCAAGAUUAAUGGAAAUGAAAUAGAUAUCUUAGAAAAUGCAUUGAAGGGCGCGUACAACUUGUUGCAUUCGGUCGUGACUUCAGCUUUACAUAUGUUUCAUAAGCACACAUCUACUUUAAGUUCAAAAAGCCACCACUGCAGCACAGGAUUUAUUCAGCUUUGCAGUUGCGCAGAUAAGUGCUCUGAUAAAACGGCGUGCGUAGAAGGUUGGACACAAUGGAAAAGCUGGUUAGAGCAACCUUGUGAGCAGUUUCAGUUGUAGCGUCUCUUACGUUGCUUCUGAAUUUCAUUACUGGACACUUGUGUGAGGUUAAGUGCAAGGAUGUAUAAACCGAGAUUGAUGUACAGUGCUUAAAGUCUUGCCUGUCUCCGUUAAGUCCUGCACUGCUGCUGGCCAAACUGGAGUAGAUUUAAGAAAAACCGCUAAGAAUAUAAAUCUAAUCAAAAUAGAAUUCCUUUUCAGUUGUAUAAAUAGUUUUGAAGGCAAAUGUGUUUGAGGCUUUUGGCAAUAUUCUCUCAAAAGAGUCUUUAUUCUAUGGCGGCAGCAAGACCACCUGCAUGAGAAACCAGGAAGUUAGACCUGGCUCUUAGAGGGAGGUGUUUUUACAAGAGACUAAUGAACGCACGCUCAGCCAUAUACUUCAGCGAACAAAGGCAUAGCUGAGGUACGUUGCUCCGAGCAGACAUAACGGUGCGGCUUUAACAAAUUGCUGACUCUUUGCUGAAGAAUGAUUGACACAGCUUUCAAAAUUCUUAACAGGCGUUAAUCAAAAUGCCAAGAUUACUGUAAUUGUGAACACAAACACGUCUAAACAAUGCAAGUCAAUCCCAAGCACGCUACGUGAUUCGACACCGUAUAUAGGGAUGCAACUGGAACACGGCAUGAACGCGCUCUCGGAUAUUUGGGCGGUGUGUGUGUAGCAGGUACCAAUCGCAAUUAAUUAAGAGGGAAGAACAUGUAGCUAGACAUGGAGAAUAGCACUGCUCACCAGCCCUGUGUAAGAAGCAGGAAGGACUGUAAAUUAGAUACAAAAUGCAAGACUGAGGCUACUUCGCGUCUGCUUGAGGCUAAUGUGCGCUCCCGUAACAACCAGGGCCUCCCGUGAGCUGUCAGAUCUACAACCGCCCCUUCCCUUCCCCUAACUUCUUCACUCUGGUUAUCGAGUUCUCCGCCACGUGGCGUGCUCUCCCCAGGAGACCAAUAUCGAAGCACUUUCCCUUGAAAAGAUUAAAUGCAAUGCACUCUAAAACCCAAUUUUGCCUCUUGUCAUGGAGUAGCCGAGUUUGGCCUCGUUGUUGAUGAAGGACAUGAGUCCCAGGUAGGUCUCGAUCAGAAGAGGACGCUCCAGCACUAGCACACCAUUAGCCCUUCCUGGCAACGGACACUCCUUGUGGGCUUUCUUCACGGCUUGAAUUAGCUGAGUCUUAAAGUUUUCCAGCUGAAAAGGGGGGGGGAAAAAUCAUCUUGAGGUUUUUUCCAUCAUUUUUAAAAAUGGGUUUUUUCCACCGUUUUUAAAAAUGGUUAGACAAACAGUUACUGAUGUUUAAUGGUAAAGGGUUAACGCUAAAGCUGUAGCUCUCAUGGAUCUCGCGUGCUGUGACCAACUUUACAGUCUGACGUUUAACCUGAAUGAUACAGUGAAUUUCACACCAGGACACUAGUCAUGUGUAGCUCAAACACAUGUUCUAGAUGCGUAAACACUGAUCAGUGACUAAUGUUUAUUUUGGACUGUAGUUCUGCCUUUAUCAUUGCUGUCUUGGACUUAAAUUACGCUAGUGUUCUCUUUGUAAGGAAGCCUUCAGAGGAGAGCAAGUAGUGCAAGAAAACUGAGAGCCACCUAAGUGAGGGUGUACGGUUGGCAAUUAAGCUGUUUGUUUAAUGAGCUGGCAGUCCUAGGUGAGAAGUCAGGCAUGGGCCUGUCAGGUAAGCAAGAGCAGGAACAGCGUGGAGAUCUACUUUCUCUGGGGUUUUACAGGACUCUGCACUUUUGGAAGUUUCAGCUUCCUUCCUGUAUAAACCAUUUAUGGGUAGCUGGCAAAACCUGACGCUUGGGCUGCCCCGCAAGCCAAAAUGCGGGGAAUGGGGAAAUGUAGCUGACAGCUCUAAGUACCGUGUCUCUGAUUUAACGGCUUCUAUUUGAUUUAACUGCUGUAUCAUUUCAAAACAAUCUAAGUCGUAUCCAGCCUACAUCAACAAGCCAGCUAGAACAGGAGAGGUGACGUCCUUACUAGGCAAAGGGAUGCGCUCUUCUCGUCGGCAUCCGCCAUCGGGUGUUCGGUGAAGGUGACGUAUGGGAUGUUUGUGGACCACGGGUUCCAUCUGUUCAGGAAGGAGGCGCGACUUUGCUUGUCCCACUGGAUUCGAAUACCGGUACCUUCUCUCCUGAUAUUGAAGACAGCAGAAUGAAUACGGUAGGUUUUUGAGGCAAGUUUCAUUAGAAAUGUACUGUCUGAAAAAGACCUACUUAAAACUGGAAGCUGGAAGGUAAGUUUGAGAGCAAGUUUUUCCUCUAGAACAGCACUAGAAGAAUUCAGCCCCUGAAAUAUGCAAAGGUACGUUCUUAUAAGCCGAGGGGAAAAAGGUUAAGCUCCUUGGACACCUCAGACAAUGCCUGAACUGUACUGCCCGUGACAGCCUGCACUUACCUUAUGUUUACAUGUAAUGUUCACACGCGGCUUUCUCGUAAUGCUAAGGUGGUGCUGCUGCUGCUACUUGCUGCAUCACAUACUGGCGACGAACUUCUGCUCCCAAGCUAUUCAUCUUACCUCAAAAGUCCUCGAGCAACUCGCUUUUAACGUAACUACUAAUGGUCCCAGCAAAACAGCAGCUGCUCUGAGGUGGAAAAUGGAGCUUCAGUAAUUGUUUCCAAAGUCACUCGAGCACAGGAAGGACUCUGACUUGUCCCACGGUCAGUGACAGAGGUCAACAGCUCACACGAGUUACAGAAACGAUACAGGAAUUACCAUAACAUAUUGCUAUGUCAACAUACUUGUUCAGAGAUUUAGGUGGGAACUCAAACCCUCCGACAGAGAUGGUGUCGACGGCACUGAGGACUAUCCUCGUCACGUGCUGGCACUGCAGGCUGAUGAAGUUGUACUUGCAGAUCAGGAGGGACCCAUCCGUGAUAAGAACGAGACGCUCCUUCUCAUUGUUCCAGUGGUCAAUCCUGGUAAGAUAACACGACCGGGCUUUAGCAGUUUUGAUUAAUGGCUAGAAACAGUUGACGGCCUGACAGACAGAAGAGUCGGGAAGGAGAACGAAUGUGAGGUCUGAGUAAUGCUGUAUUUUCCGUUACAGCCUUUGCUUUGAACCAGCGAGCCUGAAAAGAGGCUGAAUGUCAGAGAUAGUCAUGUUGCAACAUAGGAAAAUAUUAAGAAAAUCGGAACAAGUCUGAAGAUCUUGAGGGAGCUCUAGUGCUACCUCCUGGUAUCUGAGAACAAAUGCUACUCAGUGGGGCAGACGAGCCUCCAACAGCUCCUCCCGCACGCGUUUAAUACCGUGCUGAGAGCGCGUUGCCACGUUUGCUAAACUAACUGCAUUUGUGCGUGUUUGGGGGGAGAAAUCGUUUCCUUUAACUGUGUGGCCUGACUUAGUGUCUUCCUCUCUAGGAACAGUCAGCAUGCCCCAAAACUUGUCGCUUUCUUUAAAUUUCAUGAAUAAAAGAUCCUGCCUUUCCCCGGGUGUUUUGCCAGACUGUCUUGUUGAACCAUCACAGCUAUAAUGCUAUUUCAUCCUCAGGGCAACCUAAGAGUAGGUCAUGUUUUCACUCUGAGAGUAACGAGCUCGGCUUUUAAAGCAGCGCCUUUGAAACCUGCUACUGAGCCCAUCGUCUUCCCUUAUGAAAAUUCAAAAUUGUCUCUCGUUUCAACAGGAACGCUGAUGCAAAGCUGAUGAGACCAAAGCUGUCCCCGUUGUGCAAAGGUAGGUGGGACACGAAGUCUGGUGCACCCGCGAAGCAACGAGGUUUGUGGAGCUGCAGAGGCUGCUCUGUGAAGCAAAUCUCGGUCAGACGUACCAACCCCUCAGAUGCCACCUGGUGAAAAUCUCCAGGCGGGAAGGUGACGGAGUGAGGCAGGGCGAGGGGCAGAGCUGCGCGUGUCAGCCUGUGCUGCGUUCAGCAUACUUGAUAGCAAAGAUUAAAUAAUGCUGGGGAAUAAAUGGCAAGUUUAUAUUU